CCAGCAGCCAAUGGGAAGGCCCAGAGGUUGGGUAAUGGUAUCGUCAGAUGGUGAGGCGAGUUAGGCAGAGCGACACAGAUUCAGCUUGAGAGAAGUGGACGGGACAGGCGUGGUGAAGUGAAGGCUACAGUCUGAUUGUCUGCAAACUGAAUCUCCCAAGUGGCAACACAUUUUACAUCCAUCUCAUUCGCAAAGACGUGGUUUAAAGGUCUAUCAUGUCUGCCAAAGCGAUCUCGGAGCAGACGGGGAAGGAGUUCCUGUACAAACACAUCUGCACCUCUGCGGCGGUCCAGAACCGCUUCCGCUAUGCACACGUCACCACGGAAACCGAUUGGGACCGCCUCGUGCAAGACCACCCUUGGCUCCUGAGCGAGCGAUUGGUUGUGAAGCCGGACCAGCUGAUCAAGCGUAGAGGGAAGCUCGGCCUGGUGGGCGUCGGCUUGGACCUGCAGGGCGUCCGUGAUUGGCUGAAGCCACGACUGAUGAGGGAAACCACAAUUGGAAAGGCAAAGGGAAUCCUGAAGAACUUCCUCAUUGAGCCGUUCGUGCCUCAUAAGCAGGAUGAGGAGUUCUAUGUGUGCAUCUACGCGGCGCGGGAGGGGGACUGGGUUUUGUUUCAUCAUGAAGGUGGGGUUGAUGUGGGCGACGUGGACGCCAAAGCUCAGAAGCUGCUGGUUGCCGUGGACGACAAGCUCACUGAGGAAAUGGUCACACAACAGCUGCUGUCACAUGUCCCUCAGAGUAGAAAAGAGGUUCUGGCCAACUUCAUUGUGGGACUCUUCAACUUGUAUGAGGAUCUUUACUUCACCUACCUGGAGAUCAAUCCCCUAGUGGUGACACAGGAUGGUGUGUAUGUUUUGGACAUGGCUGCCAAGAUCGAUGUCACCGCUGACUUCAUCUGCAAGGCCAAGUGGGGAGAUGUCGACUUCCCUCCUCCCUUUGGAAGAGAGGCCUACCCAGAGGAGGCCUACAUUGCUGAUUUGGAUGCGAAGAGUGGUGCCAGUCUGAAGCUCACCAUCCUUAACCCCCGAGGACGCAUCUGGACCAUGGUGGCAGGAGGAGGAGCUUCUGUAGUGUACAGUGACACUAUCUGUGACCUGGGAGGCGUGGAUGAGUUGGCCAACUAUGGGGAGUACUCCGGAGCGCCCAGCGAACAGCAGACCUACGACUACGCCAAGACCAUCCUCUCCCUCAUGACCCGAGAGAAGCACAAGGAAGGUAAAGUGCUGAUCAUCGGCGGAAGCAUCGCCAACUUCACAAACGUGGCCGCCACCUUCAAAGGCAUUGUCCGGGCGAUCAGGGACUUCCAGGCGCCACUGAAGGAGCACGAGGUUUCCAUCUUCGUACGGCGAGGAGGCCCCAACUACCAGGAGGGCCUGCGCGUGAUGGGCGAAGUUGGAAAGACGACGGGCAUUCCUAUCCACGUGUUCGGGACGGAGACUCACAUGACGGCCAUAGUUGGCAUGGCACUGGGCCACCGGCCAAUCCCCAAUCAGCCUCCAGCCGACGCCCACACAGCCAACUUCCUGCUCAACUCCAACAGCAGUGCAGCGACUCCAGCUUCCAGUAGGACCGCCUCCUUCUCUGAACCUAAGGCUGCUGCAGAUGUCACUCCUGCAAAGAAACUGAAACCAGGUGUCCCACCAGCUCUCUAUCCCUCCUGCACUCUGAGGACAUUUAGUGCCACAGGCCUCACAGAGCCGAAGGCCUCAGUUGGUUCCAGUGGAGUGAAGGCCACAGCUCUGUUCAGUAGGCAGUCGAAGGCCCUGGUGUGGGGUAUGCAGACCCGUGCAGUGCAGGGCAUGAUGGACUUUGACUAUGUGUGUUCACGCGACGCCCCCUCUGUUGCUGCCAUGGUCUACCCCUUCACGGGGGACCAUAAGCAGAAGUUCUACUGGGGACAUAAGGAGAUUCUGUUGCCGGUCUACAAGAACAUGGCCGACGCGGUGAGGAAGCACCCAGAGGUGGACGUGCUCAUCAGCUUCGCCUCACUUCGCUCCGCAUACGACAGCGCCAUGGAAACCAUGCAGUACCCGCAGAUCCACACUAUCGCCAUCAUAGCUGAGGGGAUUCCUGAGGCUCUGACCCGCCGACUCAUUAAGAAGGCUGAUGAGAAGGGCGUGACCAUCAUUGGCCCAGCAACGGUGGGGGGUAUAAAGCCUGGCUGUUUUAAGAUUGGCAACACGGGCGGGAUGCUUGACAACAUUCUGGCGUCCAAGCUGUACCGUCCAGGAAGUGUGGCGUAUGUGUCUCGCUCAGGAGGGAUGUCCAACGAACUCAACAACAUCAUCUCCCGCACCACAGAUGGAGUCUACGAGGGAGUGGCUAUAGGAGGAGAUAGAUACCCAGGCUCCACCUUCAUGGAUCAUGUGCUGAGAUAUCAGGAUACGCCUGACGUCAAGAUGAUCGUGGUUUUGGGAGAGAUCGGGGGCGCGGAGGAGUAUAAGAUCGGGCAUGGUGUGGCGGAGGGGCGCAUCACUAAACCUGUGGUCUGCUGGUGCAUUGGGACGUGUGCCACCAUGUUCUCCUCUGAGGUUCAGUUUGGCCACGCGGGUGCCUGUGCCAAUCAGGCGUCUGAGACGGCUGUGGCCAAGAAUCAAGCACUACGAGAGGGCGGAGUCUUCGUCCCCAAGAGCUUUGAUGAACUUGGAGACGCCAUACGGUCGGUGUAUGAUGACCUGGUGGCAUCAGGAGUUAUUGUUCCAGCAAAGGAAGUCCCGCCCCCAACUGUUCCAAUGGAUUACUCAUGGGCCAGAGAGCUGGGUCUGAUCCGGAAGCCAGCUUCCUUCAUGACGAGCAUCUGUGACGAGCGCGGCCAGGAACUUAUCUACGCCGGGAUGCCCAUCACCGAGGUCUUCAAAGAGGAAAUGGGACUGGGCGGCGUGCUGGGCCUGCUGUGGUUCCAGAGACGGCUGCCCCGUUACGCGUGCCAGUUCAUAGAGAUGUGCCUGAUGGUGACUGCAGACCACGGCCCAGCGGUGUCUGGGGCGCACAAUACCAUCGUUUGCGCUCGCGCCGGCAAAGACCUCGUGUCCAGCCUCACCUCUGGUCUGCUCACCAUCGGAGACCGUUUUGGUGGGGCACUGGAUGCAGCUGCUAAGCAGUUCAGUGGAGCGUUUGACAGUGGGCUGCUGCCGAUGGAAUUCGUCAACAAGAUGAAGAAAGAAGGCAAACUCAUCAUGGGGAUCGGACACCGCGUCAAAUCGAUUAAUAAUCCAGACAUGCGGGUCCAGAUCCUGAAGGAUUUUGUGAAGCAGCACUUUCCUGCCACUCAGCUACUGGACUACGCCCUGGAAGUGGAAAAGAUCACAACCUCCAAGAAACCCAAUCUGAUUCUGAACGUCGAUGGAUUCAUCGGCGUGGCAUUCGUGGACCUGCUGCGGACCUGUGGGGGAUUCACUAGGGAUGAGGCUGAUGAAUUUGUGGAGAUCGGGGCCCUCAACGGUAUCUUCGUCCUGGGCCGCAGCAUGGGCUUCAUCGGCCACUAUCUGGACCAGAAGCGUCUGAAGCAGGGUCUCUAUCGGCACCCCUGGGACGACAUCUCCUACGUGCUUCCUGAACACAUGACCAUGUAACCAUGGAAACCUUCAUCAAAGAGUCACCUCGUGGGGAACCUCCCCUUCAGCCUGCUCCAGCUUUCUGUGUGUGUGCCCGUGUGUGUGUGUGUGUGUGCCCGUGUGCGUGUGUGUAAGUUAUUAUACAGAGUGAAGCCCAGAUGUGAAGGCUGACUGUUUCAGCCAAUCAGAGAAGGCCCUGAGGCUGUGGGUGAGGCUAGGAGGUGUGGCCUUGUGACCCGCAUGACCUGUGACCUCUGACCUGAAGCUUAGUUUGACGUUAGUGGGCUUGUAUGAUCUUGAAUGUAGUUCAGCACACACACACACGUGUGUGUGUGUGUGUGAGAGAGAGAGAGUUUGUAUCAGAUAACUGUAGCAUAGAUGCCACGCUUUGUGUCCUAACUAGCUAACUGUAGCGAUAGCAUAGACGCCACGCUUUAAUUGUCCUAACUAGCUAACUGUGAAAGCCUCUAACAUGGAGAAACACCAACCUAUCUGUCUUAAGGACUAGUGCAGGGGACCAUGGUGAUGUGGUAGUGUUACCUUAGUUACCUUAGCAACAGUUGGCAUGGUGAUGUGGUAGUGUUACCUUAGCAACAGUUGGCAUGGCACAGCAUGUGGGUCUCAGUGCUUGUACUUGUUUGCACUGCUUGUACGUGUGUGUGUGUGUGUGUAUGUGUGUGCGUGCUGCUUGCUGCUCUGACUAACUGUUCAUGAUAUUUUUGGUGAAAAGGUACCAUUAUAGUUUCUGAAAGAGGCUGUGGCCAUUCUUGCCAGCCAGUUUUAUUUUUUUAAUGUUUGACUAAAAACUAUUUAAAUGGGAAAUAAAUGUGCUUCUGUUGUCCUUUUGAUUUUUAAUAUACUGUUUGAAAAAAACUGUAAUAUUGUAGAUGAAUAAACCAGUCUCUCUAAACCA